AUGACAGUACACCCAAAUGGCAACAUCUCCAUUGAGCUUUCAGACUUCAUCCUGAAUUGUUUUGUCAGGUCCUCCAGCUGGCAGCUUUCUUUCUCCCUGCCCCUCAGCCUCCUCUUCCUUCUGGCCAUGGGGGCAAAUGGUAUUCUUCUGAUCACCAUCUGGAUGGAGGCCUCUCUGCAUGAGCCCAUGUACUACCUGCUCAGCAUCCUCUCCCUGCUGGACAUCAUGCUCUGCCUCACUGUCAUUCCCAAGGUCCUAGCCAUCUUUUGGUUUGACCUCAAGUCCAUCAGCUUCUAUGCCUGCUUCCUUCAGAUGUACAUCAUGAAUUGCUUCCUUGCCAUGGAGUCCUGCACAUUCAUGGUCAUGGCCUAUGACCGCUAUGUGGCCAUCUGCCACCCACUGAGGUACCCAACCAUCAUCACUGACCAAUUUGUAGCCAAGGCUGCCAUUUUUAUUUUGGCCAGGAAUAUUAUUUCUACAGUGCCUAUCCCCAUUCUAUCAUCCCGACUCAAUUACUGUGGGAGAAAUGUCAUUGAGAACUGCAUCUGUGCCAAUAUGUCUGUCUCCAGGCUCUCCUGUGAUGAUGUCACCAUCAAUCGCCUCUACCAGUUUGCUGUAGGCUGGACACUGCUAGGAUCUGAUCUCAUCCUCAUCUUCCUCUCCUACAGUCUCAUCCUUCGAGCUGUGCUGAGACUCAGGGCAGAGGGUGUUGUGGCCAAGGCCCUCACCACAUGUGGCUCCCACUUGAUCCUUAUCCUCUUCUUCAGCACCAUCCUUCUGGUCUUUGUGCUCACUCAUGUGGUGAAGAAGGUUUCCCCUGAUGUGCCAGUCUUGCUCAAUGUUCUCCACCAUGUCAUCCCUGCAGCCCUCAACCCCAUUGUUUAUGGAGUGCGAACUCAGGAGAUCAAGCAAGGAAUCCAGAGAUUACUGAAUAGGGGGUGGUAG